AAUUGGGGCCAUGCAGGGAGGAGAGAAGGGCUUUAACCCUUGCAUCUCCCUCAUGGGUUUGAAAGGGGAAAAAUGAACACUUGUCUCCCCCCCCCCCUUAAAGGGCUAUGCCUAUAUAUGGGCCACAGUUUUGAUUUGUGAAACUGCUUGGAUAAAAGGGUUAAACCCUCUCUUGUAUGUUUGGACCUAAUCCAAACUGUGUCCCUGUGCAGCUGAAAUGUUUAAAAGACACUUGACAAGAGUCAGUCAUGGACCUUACAGAGUCUCAUCUGUUCUGAGUCAAGGUUGCAUGGCUUCUGCUAGCCCUGUCUUUAUUGUUUGAUAUUUGAAAGUUGUUUUCAGUUUGAAAGUUAUCACUCGUCAGUCACUGUCUGAGUUUGCCAGUGACAAUAGUAGGUUUUUGUUUAGUUUUUUUUUUUUAAAGUUUCAUUCUAUACAUAUUUACUUGGAGGCCCCACUGUGUUUGGUAAGAUUUUAUUCCAGUGCAAGAACAACCAAAACAUGUUCACCCGGAGACGCUCCAGGGCUUUCUUACUGGAUACCAUUAACAGAGGAGCAGAAUUUGUGGAGACUCUAAAAAUGAUCUACCCCAUGGCAGACGAUCUCCAUGAGAAAGAUUUUGACUGGCUAUUUGACUGCUCUCAGGCAGAGCAGUUUCUCGAGUGGUUCUGUAAUACAUUGGGAGAGGAGAAUGUGUUGGACCCUGCAGAAGUGGAGGCCUAUGAGCAACUGUUAAUUUCUGAAAAGCCUGUUCUGGAAGAUGACGCAUUGGCCCAAGUGCUGAAGGCUUGCCACCAGUCCUCUCAGCUAAAGUGUGUUAUGCAGGAGAAUGAAGUUCUCCCCCUUGAGACAAUGGAGCAAGAGAUGAGGAUGUUAAAGAAUCAACAUGCCUGUCAGAUAAAGCGGCACAGCAAGCUUCAGAUUCGUACAGCAAGCUUGAAGCAAGAACUGUGCCAUCUGGCAGAGAAAAAAGAGAAAGCAAGCAAGGAACUGAAAAAGGCACACUUGGAACUGCAGCUAACAAACUUUCAAAGCAAUGAAAUUCUCAUCCAGACUGGCAAGGCAGCAAAAGAAUUGGUGCGAAUGUAUCAGGAACCAGGACAUGAGCCACUGAAAGCAUCACUGGCAACGGCAGAUCUAGGACACUACCUGAAGGUAGAAGAAACAUUCACUAAGGCUUUAUUAGGGUUUAUCCCAAAGUUAUUGCCAGAUGCAAACAAUGAUAUGGAGGCUGAUAAAAGCAUGCUGGCAGAGAAUGGGCAGAAAGGCUAUAAGGACCAGCUGAGAAAAGAAAAUGUAGCAGGACUUGUUCAGAAAGUGUGGCAAGAAAACAAAAGUGUACCUCAUGACAAAGACUGUGAAAAUCAUGAAAUGGUCAUUGGAGUACUUAAGAGCCCAGUUAUCUACCAGGGGAAGAUGACCACUCAGGAUAAGUCAAAACUUGAUCUGAAAGCUCUGCUAAAAGAUAUGGACCAUGUCAAAAUGGAUGACGUCAGAAAUGAGACACUGGCUGUUCAGCAUAGAUGCCAAAGAAAGCUAACAUGGGCAGUACCUGACCAAAUGGAGAAUCUGAAUAACAACCACCUAGGCAACCACCAGGAAGAGCUGGGCUGCAUGAAGUUAGCUUACAUGUGCAGCCAGAGAUCACUAGUCAUUGCCUCUGCAGAAAUUAAAGGAAUCUGGGCUUGUUUACAAUGGGCAAAUAAGACUUUGAAGGUCAGUAAAGAAAAAAAGAUAGAGGAAGAGCAGCCCAAACUUCAUGUUCACAUAGCUGCCUGCCAGGAACAGCUGCAUAUCCUGCAAAGUGAAGUAGACCGAAUAGAGACCCAACACCUUGUGCCCUUGCUCCAUGGCAGUGCCCGCCUCCUUCGCUUGCCUGUUCUAUGCGGAGAACUUGUCCUGGAAGCCAUCACACUUCGACAUACUGAAUCAAUUCAGGAGGAAGCUAUAGGCCAGAUGAUGGGGCAAUUAACUCAUCUUGAGCUGCUGAGGCUCUUCUUGAUGGUGGAAAAGAAGGAUCUGCACCUGACAGGGACAAAGCUGGAGGAGAUGGCAACUAUCCUGAAUGAAUUCCAGGCUAAGUUACAGGAAAGACAAUCCUGCUUUGCGGAUUCACAGUUCUCCAUUAAGCAAUGCCCACGAACUCUGAUAGACCCCAGUGACCUCACCACCUUACGGCUGUGGGAGAUGCUGGACAAGCAUGGUCAAGAGAAGCAACUCUUCCAUGCUUAUGAAACUUUGGCAGGCCAGGGCUCACGACUGUGCCAGGAACUGAGGAUGCUCCAUGUACAGCUGGCUACACCUCUCUCUCACCUUCCCAAAUUAGAGUCUGAUAAUGAAGUACUGCAUUGCAUGAUGCAUGGUGAUUCCAAACAGCUAGCACUUCACGCUCAGGAAAUAGUAGAACCUUUGGAGAAACUCAGCACCACUCAAGCCAAACUAUACCAAAUGCUCAUGGAGACACUCAGCGACCUGAAAGCCAAACGUAAAUCUCUGCAAAGCCACUUUCAGCAGACUGAGCGCAGACUUUAUGUGCUCUUCUUCAACAACCCUGACCAGCUGAAGGAGAUGGUAGAACAUCUUGAGAACCAGGCCCUGGCCUUCUCACAAGCAUAGAUCCAAACAUCAUGAGAAAAACGUAUGAGGAGUUAAGCCAGAAUGUGCCUACUUGCUCCAUGAUGCUGUCUUCAUUGAACUGAACGUCUUGAGGGAAAUCUUUUUGACAACUGGUGAAUGCGUACAUUGUUAGAUCCUAGCAUACAUGGGAAAAUAACUUAUGAUGCAGAAACAAACUCUGAAAGCAAUACUUGGGGACAGCCCAAGCCUUUAAAAGAAGAACUUAAGCAAAUGUAUUAUAUGUGGGAUAAGAAAUGUUGCAGAAGGAUUCCUCAGGGUUUUUUUAAUCCUCUGAGUUUGGAAACCUUGUGAUAAAGAACUGAGUAGAUAGGUUGGCCUGAGAAAAGCUGGGCAGUUUAAACACUAUAUAAGUUUAUAUUUUUGUUGACUACUUGUCUGUCUAAAUUUUUUCUCCUCACUUACUUUCAAUUCUAGCUGUUUUUGCUACUUGAAUAGAUAAGGAAAGGGUAUAGGGAUACAAUGCUGGGAAUAUUUUUUGGAUGUCAAGGUGGUAAUAAUCCUUUAAAAAACUUUUGUCCAUGUCUUCCUGUAAGCAGCUCAACUCAUAAUGCUUUAAAAACUGCUGGCUUAGGUUACCCCCCUUAAAAAUCUAUUAAUAAAGACAAUAUAUUCACUUUA